CUCUGUGUAACUGGGCCACAGGUCAGGAGGCACCCUGUGCUUUGACCCAUCAGCCCCGAUGGACUGGUACGGACUGAGUUAAUGACUGGGGUAAACAUGAGGAAUGUCGUUCACCCUGCCACUGUCUACAUUUCCUUUCUCUCUUGCUUUAUUGCUUCCACGUCGAGGGAACCUGAAUCCAUCUGCCAUGGAAGUCCAGGGUCAGUGUAUUUUUUACACAAAGAUUCAAAUGUAAUCAGGUUAAGGCUGAGUUCACUGUGACCAGGCGGCAUCCAGGAUAAAUAGGACGAGGACCGAGUUCCACUGUCGAUCCUUUCUAGGCUCAUUCUCCACUAUGUUUCCUCUGGAAGAGAAUCAGGCAAACUACACAUGCUUGAGUUUCCAGCACCAGCAGCAUCACACUACUCUUCAGGACAUUUUGAGCCGGAGGAACAGCGACCACCAUAGCAACAAGCUAAAACUUAAUGCAACUGUGCAGAACUGUCGCUGUGAGCAGAGGCGGAGAGUUUGCCUCAAAGAACCAAAGGCCACCCACCGAAUGGCCUCCAGCAUUCUGGUCAAAACCGUCUGUUUCAUGAGAAGUUUACCAUCCUUUGGUCAGCUGCCGCUGGGAGAUCAGUUGUUGCUGCUCAGACACGGCUGGGUCCCUUUGUUUGUUAUGGGGCUUGCACAAGAAAAGACAUCCUUCGAAGUGACUGAUGUGCCAAAUUCAAGUAUUCUUAGACAGAUCCUGCUCGGACCAGGAUGCACCGAAAAGGGGACUGACGUACCAACUCUUGACAAAGUCAACAGAUUGAGAACUUGCUUGCACCAUCUGUGGAAUCUGGAUCUAAGUCAAAAAGAAUAUGCAUAUAUAAAAGGUGCUAUGUUGUUUAACCCAGCUGUUCAAGGGUUGAGUGCGUUGUCGUCCAUUGAAGGACUCCAACAGGAAGCUCAGAGGGUUCUCCAAGAAGUCAGCCACCUCCUGCACCCACAGGACACCAGCCGCUUCGGCCACAUCCUCGUGGUAGCCUCCACCCUUCCUACUGUUGGCCACGGCUUGGUCACGGAGCUCUUUUUCAGGCCAAUUAUCGGCAACACAGAUAUGUUACACUGGUUAUCGCAGAUGUUGUUCAUCCAGUGAAUUGUUGUAUUGUUAAAUAUUAAACUUAGCUCGAAUUAACAGAAACACCUAGUUUCAAGAAAAACUUAACUAGUGUUUAUGACUCACACAGGAUGUGACCUAGGAGAAACCAAGAUGUGCUCCCACGCCCUCAUGUGGUCAUAUGUAGCAGACUACGACUUCCUCUUCUAAUGCUUCUGUUAAAUGAGGGUUUACAAAGACACCUUUUAAUGCUGAAAAUAUAUAUAUUUUUUCCCAAAUAAAAUGUUUCUGAUUUAAACAGAAAGAUUUAUGUGUAUUUUUAGGCAACUUAAAAGUAUAAAAGAAAACUGAAUGUUUUUUUGUCGAUAUGUUCUUUUAACAUUCUUAUUAGUUUGAUUGUGUUUUCUGCUUUAUGUUCCAAACCAGAAGAACCAGCUAAAUAAUAUUACAACACAGAAAACAAUUUCCUGAUUCAUAAAAAAAGAUGCAGCAUCUCAAUUGCAGG